AUCCUUUUGGUCUUCAUGGAGUGCCACUGUGCCAGAGAAGCGGCUAUUGAACAUGAAAGGCUAUUAAAGGAUGCCGCUGAUGAAAUCCCACGUGCCAAAACUCCUUUAGGUGCUAGUGUAGUAGACAUCAGCACAACGUCAGCAGUCUUGUUGGUUGUUAUUGCUUCAUGCUCCUUGGUUAUACUGUACAAGCUUAUGUCAUCCUGGUUCGUCGUGCUUUUGGUGGUUCUUUUCUGCAUAGGUGGCGUAGAGGGAUUGCAAACUUGCUUGGUUGCAUUGUUGUUGAGGUGGUUCAAACGUACUGGAGAAUUGUACAUUAAAGUACCUAUCUUGGGAGCAGUCUCAUACCUAACUUUGGCUGUUUGUCCGUUCUGCAUAACAUUUGCUGUUCUUUGGGGAGUUUAUCGCAACCUUUCCUUUGCCUGGAUUGGUCAAGAUAUACUUGGAAUUGCGUUGAUAAUCACAGUUCUUCAAAUUGUUCGAACACCUAAUCUGAAGGUGGGUACGGUCCUCCUCAGUUGCGCCUUCCUGUAUGACAUCUGUUGGGUGUCUGUUUCUAAGAAGUUGUUCCAUGAAAGCGUGAUGAUUGUGGUAGCUCGUGGCGACAAAAGUGGAGAGGAUGGUAUUCCAAUGCUACUAAAGAUCCCACGCAUGUUCGACCUAUGGGGUGGUUUCAGCAUCAUAGGAUUUGGUGACAUCCUAUUACCAGGCCUGCUUGUAGCAUUCUCGCUCAGGUAUGAUUGGUUGGCAAAUAAGACUCUCCGUGCUGGAUACUUCAUUUGGGCAAUGAUUGCUUAUGGAUUAGGUCUUCUCAUCACGUAUGUGGCAUUAAACUUGAUGGAUGGGCAUGGCCAACCAGCCCUUCUUUAUAUUGUUCCAUUUACACUUGGUAAAUCCCUUUCCUUCUCGUUCACCAUAAACCUAGUCCAAUGUCACUCUGCCAUUUAUAGUUUAUUAACACAUGAAUAAAGCCCAAGAGGCAUC